AUGGCGGACCAGACGGUUGAUGUGCGCGUCCUGUCGCCGUCGCCCGAAGCUGACGGCGGCAUCACUUUCGCUGCCUUGUCCACUGCCCUGACAAUCGGCGAGCUCAAAAUCAAGAUUAAAGAUGCGUUGCCGUCGCACCCAGCCCCGGACCGCAUGCGGAUUAUCUACCUGGGAAGAGUAGUGUUGAACGAAACCAGCCUAGGAGCAGUGUUCGGAGAGGUUCAACAGGGACGUGUGUACAACCUCCACAUGGUCCUCAGCGAAGCUCACACUUCGCGGUCUUCCACUGCUCCGCCAACCAACCCUUUCCGCCAAGCCCCUCCCGUGAACAACGCUCCCAAUGCCCGCUCAACGGUUUUCAAUCGUCCGCAAUCACAGCCACCGCGUGUCGAUCGUGCUCCCGGCCCAGGCAUUGCCACCUUCGCGGCCCCAAAUGUACAACAGGGUGUGCCCAUUACCGGAGCGGCAUUCAUGGAGCAUAUGAAUGUCGCACACCAAGCCGCCCUGCGUCAAAUGCAACAGAUGCAAAUGAACAUGAAUCAGCGCAGGCCGCAAGAGGGAACCCAGCCUGCUGACGGCAGCAAUGGCCAGGCUCCUGGAGGGCACUCCCGGUCCGUAUCUCAGCCAGCUCCCACGAACCUGCCGCAACCCCAAGCGCAACCAGGUCGCGUCACGAUAACACAGGGUGGGAUCGGUCCAAACGGCGAGCGGUGGAGCUUUUCGGUGAAUAAUGGCCCAUUCAUACUUCCUCAGCAACAGCCUGCUUUCGGGCUUCCUCAGCUUCCCAUGGUUAUCGAUCCCAGGCCACCGAUCAGAUUUCCGGAUCCAAUGAGUGCUAUGGAUUCCCGAAGAAUGUUGGAUCAGGUGCACAGCAACCUGGAAGCUGCUCAGCAGCAGGUUGCAGUCAUAAACAAUAUUCUUGCGCCGCCGAACGUUUCCAGGGAUGAGGUGUGGAGCAUGCCCCCAGCGCAAUUCCAGCGCGCUGCCAUCGAGAUUGAGCGCUUGAACAUUUAUCUCAACACUAUGGACCAAUUGCUGCAAACGCUUGUCGCCAAUCCACUGUACUCCCGCAGCCGUGAGCUUGUCUCGUUGCAGAUGGACAAUGAAAACAUGCGCAGUGCUACUCGCCGUCUUAUACGUACCCUCGGCGACCACAUCUCAGCCAGACGGCAAGAGACUCAAAGCAUGAGGGACGCAUUUGGCUUAGCUUCUGCCACCCGGACAAGUAAUCUUCUGGCUGCUGCAAACAACACCAGGACAGAUAGAUCUGUCCACCCUAUGGAACCGCAGCAGCAUGCCGCUGCUCCUGGUGCACAGGCAGAUGUGUUUCCUCCCGCUGGAGAAGCUGCUCGUGAGAAUCAGCACCAGCAUCCUGUCCAAAAUCCCUUUUUGGCCGGAAUGCAGCCUCAGCUACAACAACAAGUCCUUCAGCAACAACAGGAGGCUAACCAAUUGCCGAUCGCCGCGAUUGCGACGCAUUUUUGGCUUCUGUUGCGGAUAUUCGGUAUGCUGUGGUUCUUCAGUGGCGCGGGCUGGCAACGUACUUUCAUGCUCUCACUCUGUGGCCUCGCUAUCUACAUUUUCCAGGCGGGCAUCCUGCGCGAGCGUGUGCUCGGCAACCACUGGGAUCGCUUCCGGCGCUACUUUGAGAACCUGGUGGGCAUCCCACAUCCGCCACCACCUCAGCAGCAGCGUGCUGCGCGAGACCAGGCGAAUGAGGAACCAGCUGUUGAUAUCGGCCCUCCAGCCCGCCGCAGGAGAAGAAGAGAGCCCUCGCCGGAAGAAGUAGCGCACAGGCUACUGCAGGAGCAUCAGCAACAGCGGAGAACGUGGUUCAGGGAGAGGCUCAGGGGGGUCGAGCGCUCUCUGGCGUUGUUCGUGGCGAGCCUGUGGCCCGGUCUCGGUGAAAGGAUGGUCGCUGCGAGGGAAGAGGCUGAGGCGCAAGCACGGAGAGAUGCACAGGAUAGGGAGGAAGCCGAGCGCCGCGAGGCGGCUGAGGCCGAAGCCGAGGCCGCAGCCGCAGCCGCAGCCGCAGCUCAAGCCCAAUCUCAGGCUCAGGAGUCGAGAGCGAGAGAAGGUGAGAGCGCGGUAGCCGAUGAUGCAAGCAAGCAGGAGAGCUCUGGAAACGACGUUCCUGCAGCUGCGGAUUCGGACAAGGUCGACAAGGGCAAGGGAAGGGCGGUCGAUGUCGGGGAAGCCAGCUCGUCGUCUUCGGUUGCCCCUCCUGCGGGAAGCGGAGAUAACGAUGGUGUAGCGACCUCCAGGCAGCGGGACGGUUGGUCAUUUGACGACCUGGAUUGA